GGAACGGGCGGGAUGAGCGGGAGCGGCGCCCCCGGGCCGGGCGCGGCGCCCUGCCGCUUCGCCCACUACUUCGUGCUGUGCGGCAUCGACGCGGAGAGCGGGCUGGAGCCCGACGAGCUGGCAGUCUUGUACAAAUGGCUACAAGCAGAUCUCCAUGGCAAGAGCUCAGAUACUGCAGACAAAACCUCAGGAGAGAAUUUCGACCAGAGUCCCUUAAGAAGAACCUUCAAGUCCAAAGUUUUGGCCCAUUAUCCUCAGAACAUCGAGUGGAACCCCUUUGACCAGGAUGCUGUCAACAUGCUGUGUAUGCCCAAAGGGCUGUCCUUCAGGACGCAGGCAGAUAACAGGGAUCCGCAGCUCCACUCGUUCAUCAUCACCAGAGAGGACGGCUCUCGUACGUAUGGGUUUGUGCUCACGUUCUACGAGGAGGUCACGAGCAAGCAGAUCUGCACGGCCAUGCAAACACUGUACCAGAUGCACAAUGCAGAGCAGUACAGCAGCGUCUGUGCCUCCUCCUCGUGCAGCAUGGACUCCCUGGCCAGCAGCAUCGACGAGGGCGAUGCCACGUCCCUCGCCAAGCUCCAGCGGUACAACUCCUACGACAUCAGCAGAGACACGCUGUACGUCUCCAAGUGCAUAUGCCUCAUCACCCCCCUGCCCUUCAUGCAAGCCUGCAAGAAGUUCCUGAUCCAGCUUUAUAAGGCAGUGACCUCCCAGCAGCCGCCGCCGCUGCCCCUGGAGAGCUACAUCCACAACAUCCUCUACGAGGUGCCCCUGCCGCCCCCAGGGAGGUCGCUCAAGUUUUAUGGGGUUUAUGAGCCUAUCAUUUGCCAGAGGCCUGGGCCCAACGAGCUGCCGCUCUCUGAUUACCCACUGCGAGAGGUCUUUGAGCUGCUGGGCCUGGAGAACCUGGUCCAGGUUUUCACCUGCGUUCUUCUGGAGAUGCAGAUCCUUCUGUACUCACAAGAUUAUCAGCGUCUGAUGACGGUGGCAGAGGGAAUCACAACGCUGCUGUUCCCGUUUCAGUGGCAGCAUGUGUACGUCCCCAUCCUUCCUGCCUCUCUCCUGCAUUUUCUGGAUGCUCCUGUUCCCUACCUGAUGGGGCUGCAGUCUAAGGAGGGAACUGACCGCUCCAAGCUGGAGCUGCCUCAGGAGGCAAACUUGUGCUUUGUGGACAUCGAUAACCAUUUUAUCGAACUGCCAGAGGAAUUCCCCCAGUUCCCCAACAAGCUGGAGUUCAUCCAGGAAAUCUCUGAGGUCCUCCUACAGUUUGGGAUCCCCCCGGAGGGCAACCUACACUGCAGUGACAGCGCCACCAAACUCAAGAACUUGGUUCUUAGCGACUUGGUGAACGACAAGAAGAACGGGAACAUCCCCAGCAACGCCCUCAACAUGUACGAGCUGCUGAAGGGCAACGAGACGAUCGCCCGCCUGCAGGCCCUCGCCAAAAGAACGGGUGUGACGAUGGAAAAAAUCACAACUCCCCUCACAGAGAAGGAGAAGGAUGGCAAGUUGUCAUGCGAGGAGCUGGAGCUGAGGGACUACAAACUGAACGUGCAGCUUCGCGAGGUUUUCGCCAACCGCUUCACGCAGAUGUUUGCAGACUACGAGGCUUUUGUCAUCCAGGCUGCCCCCGACAUGGAGUCGUGGCUGACAAACAGGGAACAAAUGCAAAACUUUGACAAAGCUUCCUUCCUUUCGGACCAACCUGAGCCUUACCUCCCAUUCCUUUCACACUUCAUCGAAACACAGAUGUUUGCAACCUUCAUAGAUAAUAAGAUAAUCUCCCAGUGGGAAGAGAAGGACCCUUUCCUACGAGUUUUUGACUCCCGAAUUGAGAAAAUAAAGCUGUAUAAUGUAAGGGCCCCUGCACUGAGGACAUCCAACUAUCAGAAAUGCAGCACUUUGAAGGAAGCAGCCCAGUCCAUCGAGCAGAGGCUGAUGAAGAUCGACCACACAGCAAUCCACCCGCACUUACUCGACAUGAAGAUCGGCCAAGGGAAGUACGAACAAGGAUUUUUCCCAAAGUUGCAGUCGGAUGUCUUGGCAACGGGACCCACCAAUAACAACCGCUGGGCCAGCCGCAGCACCACCACACAGCGCAGGAAGGACCGCCUGCGGCAGCACUCGGAGCACAUCGGCUUGGACAAUGAUUUGAGGGAGAAAUACAUGCAGGAGGCAAGGAGUUUGGGGAAAAAUUUAAGGCAGCCCAAACUCUCAGACCUCUCUCCAGCUGUGAUUGCACAAACCAACUGGAAGUUUGUGGAAGGGUUGCUGAAGGAAUGUCGCAUGAAGACUAAACGCAUGUUGGUAGAGAAGAUGGGCCAUGAAGCAGUUGAGCUGGGACAUGGAGAAGCCAACAUAACAGGUCUGGAGGAAAAUACAUUGAUUGCUAGUCUCUGUGAUCUGCUAGAAAGGAUCUGGAGCCAUGGUCUGCAGGUCAAGCAGAAGGAAAACCCAGAGAGAGGACAAAGAAACAAGGGGAAAUCUGCUCUGUGGUCCCAUUUGCUUCAGUACCAAGAGAGAGAAGAGAAGCAGGAGCACAGUGCAGAGUCACCAGUUGGUGUUGGAACAGAAAGACGAAAGUCUGAUACAGGAAUUACUCUGCCUACAUUGAGGGUUUCCCUGAUACAAGAUAUGAGGCAUGUUCAGAACAUGAGUGAGAUAAAGACUGAUGUGGGGAGAGCCAGAGCCUGGAUAAGGCUUUCUCUGGAGAAGAAGCUUUUAUCUCAGCACCUGAAGCAACUGCUUUCCAACCAGGCACUUGCAAAGAAGCUUUACAAGCGUUACGCUUUCCUGCGCUGCGAGGAAGAACGGGAACAGUUUCUGUAUCACCUGCUCUCACUCAAUGCUGUGGAUUACUUCUGCUUCACAAGCGUCUUCACCACAAUCAUGAUCCCUUACAGGUCAGUGAUAAUUCCCAUCAAAAAACUGAGCAAUGCAAUAACCACAUCAAACCCGUGGAUAUGUGUGUCAGGAGAACUAGGAGAUACUGGGGUAAUGCAAAUUCCCAAAAAUCACCUAGAAAUGACGUUUGAGUGCCAGAACUUAGGGAAGCUGACGACUGUUCAGAUUGGCCAUGACAACUCAGGGCUGCUGGCCAAGUGGCUGGUUGAUUGUGUCAUGGUCAGGAAUGAAAUAACAGGACACACGUACAAGUUUCCCUGUGGGCGAUGGCUGGGAAAAGGUGUCGACGAUGGCAGUUUGGAACGGAUACUCAUUGGAGAGCUGGUGUCCUCCACGUCUGACGAAGAACUGGGAAAGCAGUGCCGAACCCCACCCCAGCAGAAAUCUCCUACUGUGGCUCGGCGACUGAGCAUCACUUCCCUCACAGGGAGGAACACCAAGCCUAAUGCAGGACAGAUCCAAGAGGGAAUUGGGGAAGCUGUGAACAAUAUUGUGAAACACUUUCACAAGCCAGAGAAAGAGAGGGGGAGCCUUACCAUUCUCUUGUGUGGAGAAAAUGGUCUGGUUGCAGCACUGGAGCAGGUCUUCCACCAUGGAUUCAAAUCAGCUCGCAUUUUUCAUAAAAAUGUCUUCAUCUGGGAUUUCAUAGAGAAAGCUGUUGCUUAUUUGGAAACCAGUGAUCAGAUUGGAGACAAUGAGGAGGCCCUUUUGCUUCAGAGAUCUUCAUGCAAAACCUUCUGUCAUUACGUGAAUGCCAUCAAUACAGCUCCAAGGAACAUUGGAAAGGAUGGCAAAUUCCAAAUCCUGGUUUGCCUGGGGACAAGGGACCACUUGCUCUCUCAGUGGAUCCCAUUACUGGCAGAGUGCCCCCCCAUUACAAGGAUGUAUGAGGAGAAUGCUCUCCUACGGGACCGCAUGACUGUCAACUCCCUUAUCCGAGUGCUACAGACAUUGCAAGAUUUCAACAUCAUCCUAGAAGGAUCACUCAUCAAAGGAGUGGAUGUUUAGCAUGGCUUUGCUGAGAACUUCAUUAUUCCUUUCCCAAGCAAGCAAACCACUGUUGGAGACUUGUCAGGACUUGAACACGAUGGUAGUGCACCACUGUAAGGCAAAGCUGCCGGUUGAAGCGGAAUUGGGAAGCCCGGUUUGUGCCCGAUGGGGACUGUCCUAUAAAGCUGCAGAAAGCUAAGAUGCAGUAUUGUAGUUUAUUUGAAACAGAAAUUUAGUACAAAAAUAGAGUAUUUUCAUGUGUUUAGAUGUGUGUAAAUAUGCUAUCUUCUUUAAGAAAUUAUAUUACUCUAAGAAAUUUUUCUUAGACUGAAUGUUCUUGUUCUGACUAUGAGUAGGUUAAACCUAGGGGAAGGACUUGGGGGAGGGAAGGACCAAGGUGGGAAGGGAUGCCACUACUUGCUUGUAAGGAAGAAGCCAAUCAGUGUGUAAAUACAGCGCAAACUCAGCAGGGCUUUUUUCAGGUAUUGCAGAUUAAUACAGCAAAUAUCCUUAUGUAGCCAUUGUGAUUGUGUUACUCUUGGAAAUGUUGUAAGCAUAUGCUGGUUUACCCUACUGUACAUGGUCUCUCUUAGUUUUUAGUUUGUUUGAAGGCUCACCUUUCCACGCAUGGAAGUUGUGAGCCAUCCAUUUUUUUUUUUCCUGUAAGUUCUUUUGUGUCACUUCUGUUGAUCUCCAGGAGGAGAAACAUGUUGAAAUGCUUAAAAAAUGCAGAGGAGGACUGCUGUCAGCCUCAGAACCUGAGGCACCAUGAGACAUCUGUUUAAGCAGUGCUGCUGCAGCCUGAGAUGGGGAAUGAUGGCUUGCUUGACUCGCUCACUGUGUCUCUUCUCUGCACAUCCUGAUGAUUCCUCCUCACCAUUGGCCAGUUUAUGUUGUGGAUGACCUUUUUCUUUUUUUCCCACAUUGAGGAAUUUGGUUUAUACCAAAUUCUUGCUGUACUCGAGAACAAUCAUUGCUGUAGAGCCACAAACACCGAUGUUGCUGUGCUUCUGAACUCUAUCAGCUGGCUUUGAAAUGCUGACAGAUUAUAGUCUUCCUUUAUCUUGCAGAAUCAGUGUUCCUAGGGGAGUACAGGAUCUUUGAUUACUUUUUUUUUUUUUUAAUUUAAAUGAUCCAGCUACAAAAAGAAAAGGAUUUAAGUAAAAGGAGGAAAAAAAUGAAUCUCACUUUGGUAUUUUGAGGCUUCUCUCCUGCACUUUUUCCAGUUAAUGUGUUACUAAUAUGGAGCAUAUAUAUAGAUGCAGCUCCUAAUGAGGAACUGGAAGCAACUGAAAUCCUGUAUGCUACAAAUUGAACAAGAGAUUGUAUAAAGAUCAUCUUGUGAAUACCAUGCAGCAAAUACGGAGAGUAUUUUCCAUUCUUGUGGAUGGGAAUUGGAAGGAUCUGAGGACACAGUUAGCUUCACCUGGUUUUAGGUUUUGGAGGUUAGUUUGAAUAUAGGUGUUUGAUUCCAUUUGUUUAUUCCCUAUGAUCUUGGGCAUUUUGUCAGUGGAUUUCUUGGGAAAGACAGUCUCACUGUCAACUGUGGCUUGGGAAAGGCCCCUGACUGGUACUGUAAGUGUGUUGCCUCGCACUGUGCUCUCACGUGGCAUUAGAAGGGACUUGGGAAUGGUGGACAGUAGCAGGUCUUGGCAUAGUGUGCACAUUGUGGAAAGAGGGAUGAGAGGUAAGGAAAAGGAAAGAGGACGAGAAUUAGGGUUUGCUUUCUCACCUACCUUUUGUCAAGCUUCUCUACUUUCCUGUGGUCCUCCUGCUGUCCAGUUCUUAAAACGGCACUUACUUUAGUGUCAAAGUUUCACAUUAUAUUCCUAGCCAGAAGAAAACUCUUCAUGUGACUUUGUUUCAUUGGAAAGGAGAGUUUUAUGUUACAGAAGUUUUUUUUUUUGUUUCUAAGAAAGAAGUAAAAUAACGCUGUCAAGGAGUCUUCAACUUUAAUGAGGGUUCCAGCAUUUCAUAACCGUUCUUUCCUCCUGGGCUUGUGCUUCCUUAAACUAAGUUCAUCCCAAACAUUGUAGGCAGCACUGCCAUGUCACUGCUGUGGGUGUGAGUAACUAACAUAAAGUCUGUGAAUGGUAUCAUGAGUUAGACAUCUCUCUUACGUUUCCAGAAAUGCGAAAUUUGGGGUGUUAAGGUUUUCUGUGUGGCCAGGCAAGACUGCUUAAAGUCAGCACAUGAUGCAUGACAAACCUUCAGCAGCAAUUGAAAAUGCAUUCCUAGUACUUAACUCUAUCAAUGAAUUAUACAUUUAGCACCAGAAACCAUGUGGCAGCAUUAUUUGGUAAUGACUGCUUAGGAUGUUUUGAUUUCUAUUACAGCUCAGGCCUUUUAUGUCUAAUGACUGCUAUACAGGAUUUUUUCACGCCCAACCCAGUCUAAGUGACUUUCAUUUUACUGAAAUAACCACCUCUUUAGUCUUUGGAUUUCUUCACAUCAUCAUCUGCAUUUACUAGCUGGAUGCUUCCCAAAGUAUACUGCUGCAUACUUCUCCAAAGGCUAUAUAUGACUUAAGCAGUCGUAACAUUCAUCUGACAUGACAAGGGUUAAGCACAAGCAGAAUAAAGUAGAAAUGUGGGCACUUCUAAAGGUCAUUCAUCUAAAUGAAUAAUCCACAUGAAGAGAAAAAGGCAAUAACUACGUGAAGUCUUUCUUAAGUUAGAAGAAGAAAACCUGAGAAUUUUAAAAAUUCAAAUCAGGGCCUUUCCCCAUUUCAAACUACAUUAAGAAACCUUUGAGCACUUAACACAACUUCAUCAGCUUUUUCAGCAAGUGUUGACUUGUUUGGUUUUGUCAGGUUUCACAUCAUGUUAAUAAUAAUACAAUAAAAAUUAUGUAUGUCUCAUGUUUCCUUGUAGGCAAUAAACCACCCUAAGAUAUGUUGAAAGGGGCACAGCUGAGUGCCUCGGAUUCCUAGAAGACUAGUUCUUUGACAACCUUGGGAGUACAGCUCUUCGUAGUGAAUUUUUAUUCCACUAUGUAUGAUUAAUUUUUUAGCGGACUACUUUUGUUUAUUGGAAACUGUGAGGUUUUUUCUGUAAGGUUUACAGAAAUCAUUCUACCCACGGUGAGAAACCCACUGGGAUUCUUCUAAGCUAACACAGUUUUUACUUCAGUGUUAAAGCACCUUCUUUGGUUGAGAAAGGGAAUCUUGGAAAAGACCAAAGCUCUCUGGUAUCUGCUUUUUUUUAAAAAAAUAAAAUACUCCUAUCCCAUGCCCGUUUGCAGAUGUCUGAGUUUGCAUAGUCCUGUUAUACUAACACCCAGCAUGGUAGCUUGAGGGAGUCAGAGAAUCAAAUGCCUCACUAUGUACAAAAUAUGUAUUUAUAAUUCUCUGAAAUAAAUGAAAUCGUACUGUUUAGUGAAAAAUCUGCUCAUGUUUAUUCCAAGUUGGUUUGUGUAAUUAGAUAUCAUUGUUCAAAAAUGUGGGUUUUUAGGAUAGUUGCGCAACAGCAUAUUUGAGAAAAUUCCUUCUUUCAAUCAAAUGAAGGUGCGCAUCUUAAGGGGAAAUAUUGUGUGUUACACUUGAAAUGUACAAAUGUGCCCUGUAUAGCUUAAAAUGAUCCUUAAAUGUCUCCAUUAAGUAUAUUUUGUCUUUACAUUACUACUAACUGAAAUAAGAACUGGAUUAUUUUCAAGACGACAUCAGUAAAAGUAUUGCUAUAUCAAGCACUUUAACAUACAUACCACAAACCGACAUGGGUUUUUCAGGUUUUGAAGUACAUUGAAAUACAGCUUUUCAUGCUAUGUCCUUUACAAAUAAAACUGUGAGAAUAA